AUGACUGAAGUCGUCGCCAAUGGCUCUAGCUCUGGCCCUGUCGCUCUCGACUUCGCAGCCACCAGAUCAGCCUUGACUUCGUCUUCCACCGCCACGAGAAUAGCCCACCUGCGCAUACUCGAGGACAGGAUAUCCACUACCGACACCGACCCAGCCUGGGUUCGCAGACUCGUCCAGCUGCUCUUCUGGACGCACGCCUUCUACACCGACCGGCCUUCCCGACUCGCUGUUCAAAAAUGCCUGUCUGCCCUCCUGACCAAGGGCCUCGAGCCCCAAGUCCUCUCAGCCUUCGUCGCCGCUCUGCGUGCAGAGUCGCAGAAACCAGGAAUCGCCGCUAGCAAUGCCUUCGUCCUGGUCGAAUGGUGUGGUCUGCUUAUGCAGCACCUUGGAAACACACCCGAAUGGGAUAAGCUGGCUUCUCAGAUUCUUCUGAGCGACGCUGAUGCUCUGGACAAGUGCCUGCAGCCCGUCGCCAAGGGCGGCAUGGCUCAUUCCGCCAUCAUCGUCACUCGCAGGGGGCUACGCAAGCUCUUUUCUACCCAUCCGAACCCCGACAAGGCCCUCGAGGACGCCGUGCAGCUGUUAACGACAAAGUCCACCCAGCCGUCGGCCAAGAAUGCUCCUCUUCUCGGUAUCAUUGCUGGCGUCAGCUCAAGAACAUCUGUCGUCAAGGUGGCUCUCGAGUCGCAAAAGUCACAGUAUUUCACCUUCUACACCAGAGAAAUUAUUGGUUCGCGGACAGCUCUGCCCAACCACGUGGCGUCAGGUCUGCAGGAUUUCUUCCUCGACUUCGUCUCUCUCGACGAGCUAACAAAGGAACUGGUUCCGCCCCUCGAGAAGGGCCUUCUCAGAGCCCCUGAAAUCGUCCUUAGCGACGUCCUGAUCCCCCUGAUUCGCUCCCUUCCCAAGGACUACGAUCUCUCCCAAGUUCUGGUGGGCAACUUGCUGAAGCCCAUCCUUUCUAACGUCAAGUCAAGCAAUGCCGUUACCCGUACCGGUGCUGUCAAGGCCUUCGCCGUCCUGGCUGCCCAGAGCCGCGACGAAAAGGCCCUGGAAAAGGUCUCGGAAGAGAUUGUUGGGCCCGUCAAAGGCGGAAAGCUGGCAUCGGCUGACCAUAGGAUUCUCCAUUGUGAGAUGCUCGAGUCCAUCCCCCUCUCCAAGACCAUUGCCGAGAAGAUUGCGACUGCAUUGGCAGCUGUCUCGGCCAAGGAAGGAAAUGAGGCUGCCCUCACUGUUGAGACAUUGGCGCUCGCGAGAUCCACUGCCUAUCUGGUACAGAACGACGUUGAAGUAGCCAAGCCCAUUGUGGACGCAUGCGUCAAGGGCAUCUCUGACAAGAAGUUCCCAACCCGCCGUAUCUGGCUCCUGCGUGUCGGAGAGAUAUUCAAUUUGGCUGCUGACUCUGGGGAUCUCUCUUCAGCCGCAAUCAAGUUUGCCGAUGCUGUUCUGCCCAAGCUUCUAGAUACUUACAAUGAGGUUGUCGCCAAUCCCUUGAUUGCUGCUCAAAACAACCUAACGGUCGGUGCCUUUAUUGUAACCACCCUCACCUCUUUGUCGCAGCAAAGCAACGUGUCCUCGACCGUCAAGUCAGCACUCGCCAAGGUCUCCGUCUCGGGCCAGUGUCUCGCACUCGAGCCCAAGCCUUCCUUCCUGCUGAACCCUCGUAUCUACGGCAAGAUCACUAUAGAUGACGAACUCGUUUGGUUCUGCCGGGCCCUCUGCGCCGCCGCAGAGCACCUGACGGACAAAACCCCCAAGCCUGUCACCGUCGCCUGGGCUGAAGCCUUCAUUUAUGCCAUCGUUGCUUCGAUAGCCACGCCCAAGGUUCGACAGAUCGCAACGGACGGCCUGUCUCGUAUGUACGCCACCAGACCGAGCCUUGUUUCCCAGGCUGUCGUUGACGGUGUUUGGCACUGGCUUGAGGCCCUGGAAACCGGUGACAAGGACAGCGCGGCAGUCCUGUCCAAGACGGACAAGACGAACCUCCACUUGGUUCUCCGUGCGAUAUGCAUCAACCCCAAGGUCCUGCGCGACCAGGAACAGCGCGCUGUUCAAGAAUUCGUGGAUAAGCAGCUGUGCUCAUUGCUUGUUCUCGCUCGACAGGAGCUAGUGCCCCGUGCCAGCUGGAUCGAGCUCUGCUUGCGAGUGGAGAGAGAUCCAGGAGAGUUGGCCCGUCAAACCGAGAGCAAACUACUCCAGGAAAUCGCGGAUAGAACCUCGAUCGACCAAAAAUCGGCUCUUGUGAAGCAGGCUGCCUACAACGCCGCCGCUGAGCUGGCUUUCGUGGCUCCCGAGUCCAUAACCAGCAAGAUUGUCGACAUAAUACGAAAGGAUCUAGAGCCUGAGGAGCUUCGCACCAUCGGUCCCGUGGAGGCUGCCAUUUUCCGAACCCCUGAAGGAACCGCUUUCGUGGAUGUCCUUGCGAAAAAGGCACAGACAACGGUGCCUGACAAGAACAACAAGGACUACGACAUCUUGAAGUGGGAAGCCGAGUUGAGGUCGCAGUUGGCCCAGAAGAAGGGUCAACAGAAGAAGCUCACGGCUGAAGAGGCAGCCAAGGUCAACGCCCAGCUCAAGAAGGAGGCUGAUAUUCGAGAGCAAGUUCGUCGCAUCGAGGCAAGAUUGCUGCGCGGCAUUGGUAUUAUUCAAAGUCUCGCAACUGGCCCUCCAACCGAAUCCUCCCUCUGGAUGGGACCCGCCGUCAAAGCACUCCUGGACGUCAUCGAUGCUGGUGCUAGCCUUCUCACAGGCGAUGCUGCACCGCUUGCCUACCUGGCUUGCUCGGACCGAAUCACCAGUCGUCUGGGUUCCAUGCGACCCUUUGUCGGAGUGGCGACCCUGCGAGCUCGAGACGUUACUGCGAUACCCGAGGAAUAUAAACAGGAGCCCGUUGACGAGCUCGUGACGAGGGUACUCUAUCGGUUGCGCUUUGCCGGAGAGCAGCGUCCUUUCGACACCGUGUCUCUCAUCUACGUUCUUCCCUUGGUCUUCACUGUUCUUGAAAGCGGGGGCUUUGGGCCCUCCCCAGAUGAUCGAGAUGUACAGCUUGUCCUUGCCAUCGAGUUCCUUUCAUUCCAUACGAAUAUUUGCGAAGACCCGGUAACCCCUCGACUGGAGGUGAUGUCUUCACUCGUCUCGUCCAUGGAACGGUACACUCAGCAUUACAAGAUCAUCAAGGACUGCUUUGUCGACAUGUGUAGGUGUGUCGCACCCAACAUGACUCUUGAGGAAAUCGCGUCUUUGGCCAAGGGUGCUAUCGUUCCCCAGGUCAGCGUGAGAACUGCAGUAUUGCUAGCCAUCAGCUCAGAAGUCGACAUGAGCGACCUUGAAUUUUCUGAUGAGAUCUGGCUGGCAUGCCAUGACGACGUCGCGGAGAACGUGGAGCUUGGCCGCGAGAUCUGGGAGGAGAGCGGCUUCUCUUUAUCCGAUCAGGUUCCUGCCAAGAUGCUCCCUUACUUGGAUAGCGUUGAUGGCCAGCUCCGAAGGGCUGCGGCACGAUCCCUGGCCGAGGCCUGCAGUGCGCACAAAUCCACCCUCGAGCCAACCCUGGAGUCUCUCAAGUCUUCUUACACCGAGCUUGCCAAGCCUCGCGUUCCUCAGUUGGACGAGUACGGCAUGCCCAAGAAGACCAACUUGGCGGAUCCAUGGGAAUCGCGGCACGGCAUCGCAUCCGCUUUCAGGGAGCUGGCCCCCCACAUGGCAAAGCAGCAGCUCGAUCCUUUCUUUGAGUUCCUCAUCGAGAACGGACCUCUGGGCGACCAGAACGCAAACGUCCGCAGUGAGAUGCUGGACGCGGCUAUUCGAGCUAUUGAUUUUCAUGGCAAGAGCAUGGUUGACAAGCUGAUGAAGGUGUUUGAGCGCACACUCGAGGGAUCCGACAAGAACACGGAGGCCUCGGACCGUGUCAAUGAAGCCGUCAUCGUCAUGUAUGGCGCGCUCGCUCGCCAUCUAAACCCGGGCGACUCCAAGCUCCCUGUCGUCAUUGAUCGCCUGCUGAUGACCUUGAGCACCCCCUCGGAGACUGUGCAGUACGCCAUUGCCGAAUGUCUGCCGCCGUUGGUGCAGGCCUACGGAGACAAAUCGUCGAAGUAUUUCGCCCAGGUCCUCGAGACACUGUUGACAUCCAAGAUGUAUGCCGAGCAGCGAGGUGCCGCCUACGGUCUGGCCGGACUCGUGCAAGGCCGUGGCAUUUCAUCGCUCAAGGAUCAGCGUAUCAUGAUGACGCUUAGGGGAGCCAUCGAGAACAAGAAGGAAGCAAACCAAAGAGAAGCAGCGCUGAUUGCAUACGAGCUUCUCUCUACCAUCCUUGGCCGUCUCUUCGAGCCAUACGUCAUUCAGAUUGUUCCGCAACUGCUUACUGGGUUUGGUGAUAGCAAUUCCAACGUCAGAGACUCGUGCCUUGCGGCGGCAAAGGCCUGCUUUGGCAAGCUGAGCUCAUACGGUGUUAAGAAGAUUCUUCCCACCCUGCUGAACGGUCUGGACGAUGAUCAGUGGCGCAGUAAAAAGGGGGCCUGCGACCUUCUGGGAGCCAUGGCUUAUCUGGAUCCCAACCAGCUGGCCCAGAGUCUACCGGAUAUCAUUCCCCCUCUUACAGGUGUCCUCAACGACAGUCACAAGGAGGUUCGCUCCGCCGCCAACAAGAGUUUGAAGCGGUUCGGUGAGGUUAUUAACAACCCCGAGAUCAAGGGCCUCGUCGACAUCCUGCUCAAGGCGCUUAGCGACCCUACCAAGUACACGGACGACGCCUUGGAUGCCCUGAUCAAGGUUCAGUUCGUGCACUACCUAGAUGCGCCCUCUUUGGCCCUGGUCACCAGAAUUCUACAGCGCGGCUUGGGUGACCGUUCCAACACCAAGCGCAAGGCAGCGCAGGUCAUUGGCAGUCUGGCCCAUCUCACUGAACGCAAAGAUCUUGUUUCGCACUUGCCAAUCCUCGUUGCAGGGCUCAAGCUGGCCAUUGUCGAUCCGGUUCCAACGACUCGUGCUACGGCUUCCAGGGCCCUGGGAUCGCUGGUGGAGAAACUGGGAGAAGAUGCGCUGCCCGAUCUUAUCCCAGGGCUCAUGCAAACACUCAAGGCAGACAACGGCGCUGGAGACCGCCUCGGCUCCGCACAAGCUCUCAGCGAGGUGCUCGCAGGCUUGGGCACCGCCAGACUCGAAGAGACUCUCCCAACCAUUCUGCAAAACGUCGAGUCCACAAAGCCGGCGGUUCGCGAGGGCUUCAUGUCCCUCUUCAUUUUCCUUCCCGUCUGCUUUGGCAACAGCUUCGCAAACUAUUUGGGCAGAAUCAUCCCGCCCAUUCUGUCCGGCCUUGCCGACGAUGUCGAAUCCAUUCGCGAGACCGCCCUUCGUGCCGGUCGCCUGCUUGUCAAGAACUUUGCCGUCCGUGCUGUCGAUUUGCUGCUGCCCGAGCUUGAGCGUGGCUUGGCCGAUGACAGUUACCGCAUCCGACUCAGUUCAGUCGAGCUCGUCGGCGACCUUCUCUUCAACCUUACGGGUAUCACCGGCAAGACAGAGGACGAAGAGGAGGAUGAGGAGAGCGCCCGAGAAGCCGGUGCUUCCCUUCGCGAAGUCCUUGGCGAAGAGAAGAGGAACAAGAUCCUGUCGGCCCUCUACGUCUGUCGCUGCGACACUGCCAAUGCGGUCCGGUCCGCUGCCGUCGCCGUGUGGAAGGCUUUGGUCUCAAGCCCUCGCAUUCUCAAGGAGCUGGUGCCGACUCUUACUCAACUCAUCAUCCGACGCCUUGGCAGCUCCAACAUGGAGCACAAGGUUAUUGCCAGCAAUGCUCUCGGCGAGCUGAUCCGCAAGGCAGGGGAUGGCGUCCUGUCAACUCUGCUGCCGACGCUCGAGGAGGGAUUGCAGACAUCUACAGACACAGACGCGAAGCAGGGUAUCUGCCUUGCCCUCAAGGAGCUCAUUGCGUCGGCAUCAGAAGAAGCCCUCGAGGACCACGAAAAGACGCUCAUCUCUGUCGUCAGGACAGCGCUUACCGAUUCGGAUGCGGAUGUCAGAGAGGCUGCCGCAGAAGCGUUCGACUCACUUCAACAGAUUCUGGGCAAGAAAGCAGUGGAUCAAGUGCUCCCAUAUCUACUCAACCUCCUUCGCUCCGACGAGAACGCCGACAACGCCCUGUCGGCCCUGCUCACACUCCUCACCGAGACAACUCGCUCCAACAUUAUCCUCCCCAACCUUAUCCCCACGCUCAUUACCCCUCCCAUCUCUGCCUUCAAUGCCAAGGCUCUGGCGUCCUUGUCGAGGGUGGCCGGUGCUGCUAUGAACCGCCGGCUGCCCAAUAUCAUCACCUCCCUGAUGGACAACAUCAUCAACUGCGAAGAAGAUGCUUUGAGAGAGGACCUCGAGAAGUCAUUCGAUACUGUCAUUCUGUCCAUUGACGAGUACGACGGACUAAACACAGUCAUGAAUGUUCUACUCCAACUCACAAAGCAUGACGACCACCGCAGGCGCGCUGCCACUGCCCGCCACCUGUGCAAGUUCUUCGCCGCAGGCGACGUGGACUACUCGCGGUACAACCAGGACAUCGUCCGGUCUCUUCUCAUCUCUUUUGAUGACAGAGACACAGACGUUGUCAAGGGAGCCUGGGCUGCGCUCAGCGAAUUCACGAAGAAGCUCAAGAAGGAGGAAAUGGAGGGCUUGGUUGUCUCGACCAGGCAAACUCUGCAACAGGUUGGCGUUCCCGGCGCAAACCUGCCGGGUUUCGAGCUUCCCAAGGGCAUCAACGCCAUCCUGCCGAUUUUCCUGCAGGGCCUCAUGAACGGUACUCCGGAUCAGAGAACACAGGCAGCUCUGGCCAUCUCCGACAUCGUCGACCGGACAAGCGAGGCUUCACUGAAGCCGUUUGUCACACAGAUUACUGGCCCACUCAUUCGUGUCGUUUCCGAGAGGUCUACGGACGUCAAGUCUGCCAUUUUGUUGACUCUCAACAAUCUAUUGGAGAAGAUGCCUGCGGCUCUGAAGCCGUUCUUGCCCCAGCUUCAGCGCACAUUCGCCAAGUCCCUUGCCGACCCGUCAAGCGAGGUUCUCAGAGCGCGUGCAGCCAAGGCCUUGGGCACCCUCAUCAAGUACACGCCGCGUAUCGAUCCUCUGAUCGCCGAACUCGUGACGGGCUCCAAAACUUCGGACCCCGGAGUCAAGACAGCCAUGCUCAGCGCGCUUUACGAGGUCAUCAGCAAAGCCGGCGCGAACAUGGGCGAGGCCUCGCGGGCCGCGGUCUUGGGUCUCAUUGACAUGGAUACCGACGAGAGGGACGACGCCAUGACGAUCACGAAUGCCAAGCUGCUCGGAGCGCUGAUUAAGAACGUGCCCGAGGAGGCUGCCAAUGGACUGCUCAAGAACCGUGUGGUGACCAGCCACUGGAGCCACUCCUCAGCGCUUGCGCUGAACGCUGUUCUCGUCGAGUCACCGCAGAGUCUCCUGGAGAGCCCUCUAGUAGACGACUUGCCCGACAUCCUCGGCCAGGGCAUGUCGAACAAGAACCCAUAUAUCGCCGACAAUGUCAUCCUGGCCACGGGCAAAUUCCUCCUUUCAGAGUCACCCAAGAGUUUUGAAACAAACAAGAAGCUGUUUGAAGCACUCGCCAACGUCAUUCAACCAGGAAACUCGGUCGACUCCCGCCGACUGGCCUUGGUCAUCGUCCGGACCUUGAGCCGCGUAAACAUGGACAUGGUGAGGCCACACGUUGCCGCGCUUGCGGGCCCCAUCUUUGCCAGUGUCAGAGACCCGGUCAUCCCUGUCAAGCUGGCGGCGGAAGCUGCCUUUGUAGCCCUCUUCAACGUGGUCGACGAUGAGGCGAGAGUCUUUGAUAAGUACGUCGAAAGCGCCAACCUGCCACCAAACACCAAGAGGAGCAUGCAGGAUUACUUCAAGCGCGUGGCGAUGCGUCUUGGUGCACAGGCGCGCGAGCGGAAAGAGGCAGAGGGCGGCCAGGGAGGCCUGGGUCUGUCAAACGACGAAGCUGAGGACGAAAAGGAGAUUUGGAGCGUGGGCAAGGUUGAUGUGGGCGAGGACGUGUUUGGCAAGUAG